AAAACCACAUACUACUAUACUUGUCUUGACUCGUGUGGGUUGACCUGCUUCUCUCAUCAAUCACUCUUCUUUCAUUACUAUAAAAACCCUCAAGCAUAUUAUCUUCACUUCAUCACUUCAAUUCCAUUUGAAAACUUAAAUCUUCCUUUCAUCUCUAUAUUCUAUUCCAUUUUGCAUCAACAGCUCUUCUACCUUAUAGUUCUCAGCCUGUCAUCUCACAUAUAAGAAGCUUCCAUAACAAUGAAGAAAGUAGUGUUAAAGUUGGAUAUACAUGAAGACAGAAUCAAGCAAAAAGCUAUGAAGGCAGUCUCUGGCCUUUCAGGGGUUGAGUCAGUUUCAGUGGACAUGAAAGACAAGAAACAAACACUAAUAGGAGAUAUUGAUCCUGUAAAAGUAGUUGGUAAGCUAAGGAAGUUUUGUCAUGCAGAAAUAAUCUCAGUUGGACCAGCUAAAGAGGAAAAGAAAGAAGAACCUAAAAAAGAUGAGCCUAAAAAGAAGGAAGAUGAUAAGAAGGAUUCAACAAAAGAAAAUGUGAUUAAUCCUUUCAUCUUCUAUGGAACACAUGGCUAUUAUAAUCAUCAGAUGAGACCGCAAUACUAUCCUUAUUACGGCGCAGUUAGCGUUGAAGAGGAUCCUAAUAGCUGUGUCAUCAUCUAACUUUUGUGUUUUAUGUUUGAUAAACUGUUAAUCUGAAGAGUUAUUGAAUUUGUUUUUCUGUUUGUUUUGUAAAAGCAGUAUGAUGCAUAUAGCAUUGAUUAUAAUAUGAGGCUUGCAAGACUAUUCAUUAACAAAGUAGCCAUCAACAGAUAAUUAAUUUAGAUUAAAUUUUAAAUUGUUGGAUUUGAUUAAUGAUUUGAAUAAUUAAAUUAAUGUGAUUAGCAAGGUGAUACAGAUGUAGAAAAAAUGAGUAUCUGAUUAUUACUGAAAAAGUAUGAUAACAUUUAACAGGAAGAAGUGUCUUAUAGUUUUGCUUGUUUCCAAUCUCAUGCACAACUCAUCAAUCAACUACAACUUUUCUAAUAGGGAAGUGUUUUUUCACUACAAGAAAAUUGACUUUUUGUGACACUCAAAAAGUGUCACUAAAAGUCAAUAAUCCGUAGGUAAAACUCUUGCAGACAUUGAGUGACGCCCACCCUUAGCGUCAAUUAUAAGGGGGUGUGAUGCUACGGUAUAAUAAGUGUCACAAUAGCUUCUAGCUAC